UUUUGGGUAAUUUGUGAAGUUAUUAACUUUUCUCAUUUUCUUGCACUUUCUAGUCAAUUGUGUUUGCAAGUUUUCUGAGUUGUUUGUGUGAUUUGAGCUUUUGAUUGAAGUUUUAGGAGUAACGAUUAUUGUGUUAACCACUUUGAUGUAAUGGGUUUCUGCCUAUCUGGGUAAUCCAUCAAGUUAUUAACUUUUCUCAUUUUCUUGCACUUUCUAGUUUUGACAGGGAUAUUGCACUUGCUGUUUUUCUGAGUUUUUGUGUGUAAUAAUAUGUGAAGUGAUUAACUUUUCGAUUAGUUGUAAACAGAGGGAAAUUGGGUUUGCAAUUUUUUUGAGUUUUAAUGUGAAAAAGACUGUUUUUAGCAUUUGUUUGAGCACUGAAAAUCUUGGUUUUCUUUAAAGACAAGUUGUUUGAGCUUUUUCUUGAAGUUUUGUGAGUAAUAAUGAUUGUUUUAACGACUUUGAUGUAAAUGGUUUCUGGUAAUCUGUAAAGUGAUUAACUUUUCUCAUCUUCUUACGUUUUCUGAUUUUAUGGUUGUAAACGAAAUUGGGUUUUGAAAAUUUCUGAGUAUAUUAGUGUGAAAAGACUGCCUUUUUAGCAUUUGUCUGAGAACUGGAAAUCUUGGUUUUCUUUGAAGACAGGUUAUUUGAGCUUGUUCUUGAAGUUUUGGGAGUAAUAAUGGUUGUUUAAACGACUUUGACAUAAUGGGUUUCUGGGGUAUUCUGACAAGGGAUUAACUUUUCUCAUCUUCUUACACUUUCUAAUUUUGACUGUGAUUGGUCGUAAAUGCAGGGAACUUAGGUUUGCAAAAUUUCUGAGUUUAGAGGGUGAAAAGGCUGUCUUUUGGAAUUCAAGUUGAUUGCAUUUGUUUGAGCACUUGUGGAAACUCAUGAUAGGCCACAAUCUCUUUUAACUUUUCUCUAGCAUAUUCGCAUGUUUUGAAAGAUAGCCAGGGCUGGGACUUGAAUGGAAAUGUGUAUUCGCAAAGAAUUUGUAUGUUCAGAUGGGAGCUCCUUCACUUGAAUUUAUCGAAGGAAAUCAAGGUGAUAAUAAUAUCAUCUGGUUGUAUGCGUAUGCUGGGAAUCUGAAAAGUUGAUCUUCCCUGUCAGUAAGGAUUUGUCACUUCUAGUUGAGCUUCGCGUUGUGAUUUUCAUUUCAAGGGGUUGUGAUUUGAAUUUGAACUUACCAUGGAUGAAGCUCCUUGUAGCACCAACGCGCUGCCUCCGUUUAUUGCAAAGAUAUAUGAAAUGGUGGAUGAUCCCUCCACUGAUCCAAUUGUCUCCUGGAGUUCAAAUAAUAAGAGUUUUAUUGUUCGUAAUCCUCCUGAUUUUGCAAGAGAUUUGUUGCCUAGAUACUUCAAGCACAAUAAUUUUUCCAGCUUUAUCCGACAGUUAAACACUUAUGGAUUCAAGAAAAUAGAUCCCGAACAAUGGGAAUUUGCAAAUGAGGAUUUUCUUAGAGGUCAGCCAGAUCUUUUGAAGAAUAUCUACAGACGGAAACCUGUUCACAGUCAUUCUGCACAUAAUAUUCAUAGCCUUUCAUCAUCUGCAUUGUCCGAAUCGGAAAGACAAGGGUAUAAGGAAGAUAUUGGAAAGUUGAAGCAUGAGAACGAAUCACUUCAUUUAGUACUAAACAGACAUAAACAGGAUCAUCAAGGACUUGAAAUGCAAAUGCAGGUCCUUACCAAACAUGUCCAACAAGUGAAAGACCGACAAAAAAACGUGCUGUCUACUAUAGCUCAAACCAUAAAUAAACCAGGAUUAGCUUUGAGUCUCAUGCCACAGCUGGAAAUGAAUGAAAGGAAGAGAAGGUUGCCAGGAAACAGCUUUCUUUAUAAUGAAACAGGCCUUGAAAAUAAUCAAGCGAGUUCUUCUGAAGAUUCGACUAGGGAAAAUAUGGACCCAACUUCUCUUUUGACUCUCAACAAGGAAGUGCUAGAUCAGUUGGAAUCUUCUUUGACCUUUUGGGAGUAUAUACUACGUGAUAUUGAUCAAGCUGCGAUGAGGCGGAGCUCUUCAGUGGACUUGGAUGAAUCUAUCAGUUGUGCCGACAGCCCUGCUAUAUCUUACCCACAACUAACUGUUGAUGUUGGGUCUAAGGUUUCUGAUAUUGACAUGAACUCUGAGCCUAAUGGAAACGCUACUCCUGAUGUUACUCCUCCAGAAAAUCUAGUAGAGAUUGCUAGUAAUGUACCAACAGGAGUAAAUGAUGUAUUCUGGGAACAAUUCCUAACUGAGAACCCUGGUUCUACUGAUGUAAAGCCGGAAAGGGAAGAUACAGAGAGCAAAUUAAAUGUUGAGGAUGGGAAAUUUUGGUGGAACAGGAAGACUGUAAAUAGCCUUACAGAACAGUUGGGACAUCUUACUCCAGCAGAGUGAAUGUAAUGUGGCAGGGUAUGUACUAUUUUUGAUAGUAAAUGUUUUUUGCCUGUGUCUUGUUGUAAAUUUAGAGAGAGUAAUUUAUCAGAGUACAUAAAAUUUUGGUGUAGUAACCUUUUUUGUUUGUUUGUUUUUACCUUGCUCGGCAUGACAUGAUAUAGUGAAUGAUAGAGUCGAUCAGUCUUAAUGCUAGUCUGGCACAAUUUUGUGUAUUAUGUAGUUAUAUACUUUCCAGCCUUGCCUGUCCGUUUUGCCGAUUUGUGUUACAUAAGAGUAAUUUUUCUAGCUCUAUGAAUAUGCAAUCAUUUUGCUUUA